CGACUCCUUAUCCUCGCUGGAACAUGAGCUUGGGCGCGCGGAAAACAGCGAUAGAUCGCGCGCAGCUUCGUGACGAUUUUCGUGCGGUCCGCUGGUCAACGCGCAGAGCAGCUUUCGUGCCGCGCCUCGCUGCAAUCUGAGGUUGGAUUCAUGCGAAGUUUCGUCGACUCACUUGGAUGCAGAACCGGCGAUAUCAUAGCGGCUGGUGGUAUAAAUGAGGAGUGCGCUUGCACCUGACAGAUUCAGCAAACACACAGCCCUCAUCAUUCUGAUUUCGGAUGUGCUCGCAGCUCCAGUCGACUCUGCCAUCGAAAUUGUGCACGCCGAACAUGGACUCAUGGAGAAGCGCGGACUCCGCAAUGGACUCAUCUAUAACGCUAAAGUCGACGACGUCGAAGCAUCCGACGUCAAGGAGAAACGCCAGCUUCGCAAUGGACUCAUUCGCGCUGCAGCCGACGAAGACGUCAAGGAGAAACGCCAGCUUCGCAAUGGACUCAUUCGCGCUGCAGAGUAAAUGCAGCCCUUAUUGGAAUCCCACUUGGACCUGCAAGUCAUCAUGCGGAGGGUCAGGAACUUCUGGAGCUCCGGUGGCGAUUUGAUCUCUAUGUUCGUGCAUCGUCAAAGCUUUGCAGGAGGUCAUUAGAUAGCCAUAUCUUAUUGUGCUGCGUCCGGAC